AUGUGUGUCAUCACUGCACAUCCAUUCACUUACUCUUCUGCCGAUGUGGUCUUGUACUCCUCCGACGAUGUCGCAUACAAAGUGCACAAGCUCAUUCUGACCAUCGCCUCCGACUUCUUCCGCGACAUGUUCGACCUACCGCAGCCUACCUCAUCUUCCGACUCAGACUCCUCUGCCCCAUCCACAGAGGAGCAGGUGGACGGUCUACCCGUCAUCCGCAUGUCGGAGUCUAGCAAAGCUCUCACCCCGUUGCUGUUGCUCUGCUACCCCCUGGAGGAACCCGUGCUCACAUCGAUCACCGAGGUGUGCGCGGUGCUCGAGGCCGCUAUCAAGUUCGAUGUACGCAGAGCAUCUCAGAUAGCGAAGCGUAGGUUGCGGGAGCUCAUCCCGUCCGCUCCGCUGCGAGUGUACAUCAUCGCUUGCAAGCUUGGUCUCGAAGACGAAGCCCAUACGGCUGCACAGGAGAUCCACCGAUCGAAGGUCCAGAACCAGUACGUGGAUGAGUUGGAAGAGAUCUCGUUUGGGGCGUAUCAUCGCCUCCUCCAUUAUUGCUCGGCAGAGGGUGAUGCAGGCUUCGGCAUGGUCUCCUUCUCUCCUACUAAGUCGGGCCCAAAACCGAAAAACCAUAGAAAGAAGGCAGAUGUCGACCGCAGCCGCGCGAUCACCUUCACAGUGCCCGUUUCUACCCCUACGCCAGACGUCUCUGCCAUAGGCCCUAGUACCCCCGCUUUCAGUACCGGCGACGUCAACUUUGUCCUCUUGACGUCCGAUGGGCAACGACUAGCACUCUCAGGGAAUGGGAUCCUGCACGCCUCUCCGCUACUCUCCGCUCUGGUGGCCCGCCGUUCGAACGUCGCCGAAGAAGUUCCCGUCGCAGAGCCCGCCGCAACUAUGAGCAUCCUGAUUCGCAUAUACGACCCGUUCGAGCACCCACAUCUCGCUGACAUGCUCGACAUUCAUGCCGGACUCAUCGCUGCUGAAAAAUACGGUAUGCGGAAGGCCGUCGAUUUCCUACAAACAGCUCUUAGGUCUCAACAACUCUCGUCGCUGCGAGAGGCACGUUGCGCGCCGAUCUCACAAGAAACCUGUACCCCAGCAUCGAUACAAUACAUAUCUCGGGAGGUUACCUUCACCGUCUCCUGGCUUUUCACCGCGAAUGCCGCGCUGCUAUAA